UUUUAAAGCUGUUUGUUACAGUUUUAAAAAUGCGUUACAAUGAGAGGGAAAGGGAAAGCUUCUACGACCAAAAGGGGACGUGCCUCCGCAAAUGCCGCAAGAAAGCUGGGAGAUUUGUAGUUUACCACUAGCACGUACCGGCGUACCAUACAAAUGGAUUACACCAAACGUUAUUUGCUCUAAUCAAUACGCAGGCCUAUGCCGUCUCUCCUCUCGAGUUUCUCGCUCAAGACCAAUCACGUUCUUUAGUUCAUUAGUUCUUAAUUGAUUUCAGCUGCGACGCCCCCGCCUCUCCUCAUAAAGCGCCCCCACCGUGACUGAUGUUGAUGGUUUAUUUUUCGUUGGGUUGCGCGAGCUCAACAAUCCGGACAUCGUGGCCACCGACGCGGACCCCCCGCCACCAGGACCCACGCAGAGUGGAUUGUACUCCCAGAGGCUUCAACAGAGCGGGUCUGGAGCUGGGAGCUGCAGGUGGAUGGUGCCCAGGAGCCGUUCAGUCCUACAGGAACAGACGGUAGAGGUGAUGGAGGCGGUCGUCUGGAGGUCCGUGGCGGUCGUCUGGAGGCGCUCGCUGCAGAUCGAGGGAAGGCCGGUAGCCGUGCAGCCCAAGGGAUGCAGAACGGUGAGACAUGGAACUGCAUGGACUGAGGCGGAGGUCCUGGAGGCGGAGGUCCUGGAGGCAGAGGUCCGGGUGGCGGAGGCCGGCCUGGAGGCGGCGGUGGCCUGGAGGUCCUGGAGGCGUCCAACCUGGAAGGGGCGGCAUGGAGAGCCAGGUGGCGGCUCCUCAUCCAAAGGGCCUGGAGGCGGCCGGCCCGGCGGCGGCUGGCCUGGAGGGCCCGGCGGCGGCUGGCGGUCAAACCUCCAGCUGUUUGAAGACACCAAGCAGCUUGAUGACUGGUUCUUUAUACUCAGGACCUCGACCCGGAGCAGAGGACAGGCCUACAGCGCAGCAGACUAG